AAAGUACUUUAGUAUUCUCUUGAGGCCAGCUGCGAUUGGCAACGAUAUUUUGCAAUUACAAAAUUGCUAUUUAACGCGAAAGAUAGUACAACUAUUUAGUGCAUUUAACAAUGUCGCAGAUCUGUAAGCGCGGUUUGUUGAUCAGCAACCGAUUGGCGCCCGCCGCCAUCCGCUGCAAAUCAACAUGGUUCACCGAGGUGCAAAUGGGACCUCCCGAUGCCAUUUUGGGCGUCACAGAGGCCUUCAAGAAGGACAAGAACCCGAAGAAGAUCAACUUGGGCGCUGGCGCCUAUCGCGAUGACAACACUCAGCCCUUUGUGCUUCCCAGUGUGCGAGAGGCCGAGAAGCGAGUAUUGAGCCGCAACUUGGACAAGGAAUACGCCACCAUCAUCGGCAUUCCCGAGUUCUACAACAAGGCCAUUGAGCUGGCUUUAGGCAAGGGUUCCAAGCGCCUGGCCGCCAAGCACAAUGUCACCGCCCAGUCCAUCAGUGGAACUGGUGCCCUGCGCAUCGGAGCUGCCUUUUUGGCCAAAUUCUGGAAGGGCAACCGCGAAAUCUACAUCCCAUCGCCAUCGUGGGGCAACCAUGUGGCCAUUUUCGAGCACGCCGGUCUGCCGGUGAAUCGGUAUCGCUACUACAACAAGGACACCUGCGCCCUAGACUUCUGCGGACUGAUUGAGGAUCUGAAGAAAAUCCCCGAGAAGAGCAUCAUUCUCCUGCAUGCCUGCGCCCACAAUCCCACUGGAGUGGAUCCCACUUUGGAGCAGUGGAAAGAGAUCUCGGCGUUGGUUAAGAAGCGCAAUCUGUAUCCCUUCAUCGACAUGGCCUAUCAGGGAUUCGCAACCGGCGACAUUGAUCGCGAUGCCCAGGCUGUUCGCACUUUUGAGGCCGAUGGUCAUGACUUCAGUUUGGCCCAGAGUUUCGCCAAGAAUAUGGGCUUGUAUGGCGAGCGUGCUGGCGCGUUUUCCGUGAUUUGUUCCGACGAAGAGGAGGCUGCCCGUGUGAUGUCUCAGAUCAAGAUCCUGAUCCGUGGUCUCUACUCGAAUCCCCCGGUUCAUGGUGCCAGGAUUGCCGCCGAGAUCCUCAACAACGAGGACUUGCGCGCCCAGUGGCUUAAGGAUGUGAAGCUGAUGGCCGAUCGGAUCAUCAAUGUGCGCGCCCAGCUGAAGGACAACCUGUUGAAGCUGGGCUCCAGCCAGAACUGGGAUCACAUCGUCAACCAAAUCGGCAUGUUCUGCUUCACCGGCCUGAAGCCCGAGCAGGUCCAGAAGUUGAUCAAGGAGCACAGUGUCUAUCUGACCAACGAUGGUCGUGUUUCGAUGGCGGGCGUGACCAGCAAGAAUGUCGAGUACCUGGCCGAGAGCAUACACAAGGUCACCAAGUAGGGUGGAAUUACCAGUGGAGAUCGAAGUAGAGAUGGAGUUUCAGAAGUACCUAAUUAUCGGCACCUGUGCGAAUUUUCUAGCACCAACGAAAUCGAGAAAUCUAGUUAAAACCAAUGCAUUUUGCACACUCUCUAUCUAUAUCUCUGUAUAUAAGCUAAUCUGAUCUGCCCUUUUUUAAAGUAAAGCAUUUUAAAUGUUAGAAAAUACAAACGGAUUUCAAUGAA